UCCUGCGCUCCUCCGUCACGGGAGCGCGCCCGCACUCACAGACGCGCACACCCGCCGCGCGGCCAGGCCACCGGCCAGCCUCUCCGCCUCUCUCCCCUCUCUGUCUCCUCUUUCCUUUUCCUUUCUCACAAACUCGGUCAAACUUUCCGGUCACACCCGGUCUACCGUUAAACUCCCCCCGCGGCCCCCCGAACCGGAGCAGGAGCAGCGGCCACCGGGCCGGACAAAGUACCGGAUUACCGAGUUUGAGCGACGGAGCCGGACCUGCCGUGAUUCACCGCCCCGCAGCGGGCCUCAACUUUCCUUCAUUUUGUUUCUCCUCUUCCCUCCGUUUACCGACGGUCACAGCACCGGGCGGUGACGUCAGCCCCGGGGAAAGUGGUGAAUCGGCCGCCGUUACACCGGAAGACACGAUAUUGGCCCGGGCCAGGAGCAGGACCACGGCUGAUCACCGGCUGAACUCUGUGACCCGCCGCUUCUUUGUUUGUUUGUUUGUUUGUUUGUGAGCGGAGAGAUGGGGGCUGUGUGAACGGAUCAGCGCGUGGCUUCCACGAGACUCACCGUUUCCUCCGGUCCGGUAGAGGUGGAGUGGACGGAACAGAGUGAUGGCGGGUGCCUCGGUGAAGGUGGCGGUGCGAGUCCGCCCGUUUAACUCCAGAGAGACUGGACGCAACGCCAAGUGUGUGAUCCAGAUGCAGGGAAACACCACUUGCAUCUCAAACCCCAAACAGCUCAAAGAUGGAGCCAAGAACUUCACCUUCGAUUAUUCCUACUGGUCACACACAACGGCGGAUGACCCCAGCUUUGCAUGUCAGAGGCAGGUGUAUAAGGACAUCGGAGAGGAGAUGCUUCUGCACGCCUUUGAAGGAUACAACGUGUGCAUUUUUGCGUAUGGCCAGACGGGGGCGGGAAAGAGCUACACCAUGAUGGGCAAGCAGGAGCCUGGACAGGAAGGGAUCAUACCACAGCUGUGUGAGGACUUGUUUCAGAGAACAGGAGAAAACAUUGAUCCCGACCUGACCUACUCUGUGGAGGUGUCCUACAUGGAGAUCUACUGUGAGCGGGUCCGGGAUCUGUUGAACCCGAAGUCCCAGGGGACUCUGCGGGUCCGGGAGCAUCCCAUCCUGGGUCCCUACGUUGAGGAUCUAUCCAAACUGGCUGUGACCGGGUUCAGCGACAUUCGGGAUCUGAUGGAUGCCGGCAACAAAGCUCGGACAGUUGCAGCCACAAACAUGAAUGAGACGUCAUCCAGGUCACAUGCCGUCUUCACCAUCGUCUUCACCCAAAAACGACGAGACCAGAUGACCAGUCUGGACACUGAGAAGGUGAGCAAGAUCAGUCUGGUCGACCUGGCUGGAAGCGAACGAGCGGACUCCUCUGGGGCAAAGGGCACCCGGCUCAAGGAAGGAGCCAACAUCAAUAAAUCUCUGACCACGUUAGGAAAAGUGAUAUCAGCUUUGGCCGAAAUGCAGAGCAAUAAGAAGAGGAAAAGUGAUUUUAUUCCCUACAGAGACUCUGUUCUCACCUGGCUACUGAAGGAAAACCUGGGGGGAAACUCUCGGACGGCCAUGAUUGCUGCUCUAAGUCCUGCUGACAUCAACUAUGAAGAAACACUGAGCACUCUGAGGUAUGCUGACCGAGCCAAGCAGAUCCGUUGUAACGCCAUUAUCAACGAGGAUCCAAACGCCAAACUGAUCAGAGAGCUGAAGCAUGAAGUGGAACGACUGAGGAACCUGCUGUUCUCCCAGGGCCUGCAGGAGCUGCUGGACAACGCUAUCAACAACAACAACAAUGGCCCCGCUGGUGUUACAGGUGUGUUGCCCUCCCCGCCACAGCUGACACACACAGCCAAUGGGGUCGCACCCAAGGAUGGCUCCGCCCCUCCAGGCACCGAACCGCCGACUGAAGGCCAAGACCAACUGAUGGAGAACGGAGAGGAAGGAGAGGAGGGGGUCGCCACGGAGACCAUCAGUAAAGAGGAAGCAGCAGAGAGACUGCUGGAGACAGAGAAGAUCAUCGCAGAGCUCAACGAGACGUGGGAGGAGAAACUGAGGAAGACAGAAUCGAUUCGCCUGGAGAGAGAGUCCCUGCUGGCAGAGAUGGGCGUGUCCAUUAAAGAAGAUGGAGGAACGCUGGGCGUCUUCUCUCCUAAAGGAACGCCCCACCUGGUCAACCUGAACGAGGACCCUCUGAUGUCCGAGUGUCUGCUGUACUACAUCAAAGAGGGAUUCACCAGGGUGGGACAGCAGGAUGUGGACAUUAAGCUGUCGGGUCACUUCAUCAAGGAGAUUCACUGUGUGUUUGUGAGUGAGACCAACGAGCAGGGAGAAGUGGUGGUGACUCUGGAGCCGUUAGUGGGAGCAGAGACGUACGUUAACGGGAAGCAGAUCACUGAAGCCGUCGUCCUCAAACAAGGUAACCGCAUCGUGAUGGGGAAGAACCACGUGUUUCGUUUCAACCACCCGGAGCAGGCGAGGCUGGAGAGGGAGCGCAGUGUCACGGCGGAGCAGCAGGGGGAGCCGGAGGACUGGAACUACGCCCAGAGGGAGCUGCUGGAGAAACAAGGCAUCGACAUCAAACUGGAGAUGGAGAAGAGACUGCAGGACAUGGAGACUCAGUACCGUAAAGAGAAGGAGGAAGCUGAUCUGCUGCUGGAGCAACACAGACUGUACGCAGACAGUGACAGUGGAGACGACUCAGACAAACGCUCCUGUGAGGAGAGCUGGAGACUGAUCUCCUCCCUGAGAGAGAAACUACCUGCCAACAAGGUGCAGUCCAUAGUGAAGCGCUGUGGUCUACCCAGCAGUGGGAAGAGGAGGGAGCCUCUCAGAGUCUAUCAGAUCCCUCAGAGGAGGAGGAUCAGCAAAGACCCCAAACGGGUCACCAUGGAGGACCUGCGCAUGCAGGCCGUCAAAGAGAUCUGCUACGAGGUGGCUCUGGGAGACUUCCGUCACUCCCGUCAGGAGAUCGAAGCGCUGUCCAUCGUCAAGAUGAAGGAACUCUGCCGUAUGUACGCCAAGAAAGACCCCAACGAACGGGAGAGUUGGAGGGCCGUGGCCCAAGACGUCUGCGACACCGUGGGCAUCGGAGAGGAGAGAAGCCCCCCUGCUGAGGAGGGGGGAGGAGGAGGAGGGGGAGAGACGGGGGAGGGAGGAGAGAAAAAACACGCAUACGACCUGAAGGCUCACAUCGAUAAACUGACGGACAUUUUGGAGGAAGUGAAGUUGCAAAACAACAUGAAGGACGAGGAGAUCAAAGCUCUGAGAGACAGGAUGAUCAAGAUGGAGAGCAUCAUACCUGUUCAGGACGACGAUGUGAACGGUAAAGAGGAAGGCGGGUCGCCUCAGAGAAGCGACGGCGAUGACGACACCAAGCCCCCGGAGGUCAGAGUCCAGCGGCUGAUGGAGGAGGACCCGGCGUUCAGGCGAGGCCGCCUCCGCUGGCUGAAACAGGAACAGCAGCGAAUCCUGAACCUGCAGCAGCAGAACAUCACCAAGAAACUACGAGGACAGAACCAGGGUCCGAACACCCCCGUCGUCCCUGUUCAUCUCCCCGGAACCGGCCGCUUCAUCCCCCCACAGGAGUGCAAGCUCAAGUUUCCCUUCAAGAGUAACCCCGCCCACCGGUUGUCAUGGGGACCAGCCAGCGCCGCCCUGCAGGCACUGGGUCUGGGGGAGGGAGAAGGAGAUGGAGGAGAGCAGCAGCAGGAGAACGGAGGUGGAGGUGGAGGAGGAGGAGUGGAGGGCAAAGGGUCUCCAUCACCUCCUCCUCCUCAGGGUCUCCUGCCCCUCCCAUUCCAAGCUCCGCCCCCUCGCAUGCGCACCCCCAGCCCUCAUCGUGCCUGGCAGCAGCGUAACCAAGGUAACCAGGGUGGCUUCUACCACCACCAACAGGGCAACAACCAAAACCACCAGCGGCGCUACCGCCGCAACUCCCUGGACAGCUCCCCUCAAGGCAACUAUGACGGUGACCAGCGACACGGCGGCGGUCACCAGGGGCGACCGAGACAGAGGAGGGGCGUGUCGCCAGGACCAGGAGGGGAGAGAGGAGGUGGGAGAGGAGGUGGAGGUGGAGGAGGGGGGAGGGACAGAGACAGAGACAGAGACGGAGGCUUCCAUUAUAAUCAUCACCAGCACCAUCAGUUCCAUCACCACCCCUACUACAACCCCCAUAAUGCACCAUUCCAGCCAGGACCUCACCCCAAUUACCACAGCCUGCCACGCUCUGGGGCCCCGCCCCCUCCUGCUGACAUGCUGCUAGGGGCGGGGCCACCACAGGGGGGGUGGGGCUUCACCACGCCGCCCAGGAUGAGGCGGCAGUUCAGCGCACCGGACCUCAAAAACAACAAGGAGACCCCCAUCUGACCUCUGACACCGGGCGGCCUCUGAUUGGCUGCAGGACACGUGGCGCUCCUGAUGCUGUAAAGAAUGGGCUGUGUGUGUGAGAGAGUGUGUGUGUGUGUGUGUGUUUGUGUGUGUGUGUGUGUGUUUGUUUCAGCACUUUUACAACACUGAGUCGGCCCGUCACACACCAACUAACAUCACACACAUCCUGUACCUUCAAUCCUGCUGUGUGUGUGGGUGUAGCUUGCUCCUAGCCUUUACGUUAGCACGGGUUAGCUGUUGCCUUAGCAACACUGUUUUGUUUUUGUUGUUGUUUGUUUUGUUUUGUUUUUUCUUUUGUCAGGCUGCCAAACAGGAUGGAAGUUUAUUACGCAUUGCAGUUUUAUUAAUUUCAUAGAUCACUUUGGUCUUGAUCAGCCGUUUAUAAAGAGCUAAUGGUUACCUCCCAGGACUAGCACAACUGAAGUGUUAGCUCCCAGGGUUAGUGAAGAGCCGAUGCUCAAGUGUUAUCUCCUAGGGCUAGCUACUGUUAAGCAAGGCUGAAAUUUUAGCUCCUGAGGCUAGCUACCAUUAGCACAAGCUGAAGUGUUAGCUGCCGGGGCUAGCUACCAUUAGCCAAAGUGGAAGUGCUAUCCACUGGGGAUGUCUACCGUUGGCCAAAGCUGAGGUGUUGGCUCCUGGGGCUAGCUGCCAUUAGCAGAAACUUAAGUGUUAGGUCGGGGGUUAGCUACUGUUGGCGUAAGUCUCCAGGUGAAGCUGUUUCUUUUUAACUUAAAGAUGAAGUAUGUUGAUUUGUUAAUCCUGAGCAGGACAAGUGUUUUUACUUAGAUGGAUUUUGAGUUUUAGCUCUUUUCUCUUUUAGCAGCUGUUAGCCCAGGAGGCUAACUAGCCUGGUUCAGUUUGAGAGGUCUGUAUUAGCUCGGGCUAGUCAGUUAGCCUGAGCAGGGAGCAAUGAGUGGCUAAUUAGCUUUUAAGGCUAAUACUUUAGGUGGUGAAGUGCUGCACAGGUGAACAUAUUAGCCUAGCCUAGCUUAGCCAAGGCAGCAUUCAUGUUGUAUGGGAAUUUCAUCUUGUACGACUUCAGCUACAGAUUGGAAAAGUUCGAAGACUAUCAGUUACUCUAAAAGAUUAAGACACCCUGAGGGUAAAUUCAGAUGUUGCAGCAGUACAAAGACAGACAUAAGUACAGAUACAUAGAGACAUGAGAAAUAAAAUAAUAAAAGUAAAUAAAAUAAGAGGUUAGAACAAUAAGUAUAAGAGCAGAAGUAAAAAAAAUAACUAUUGCAGAGCAAACAAAGAGGCAUAAACUGGAUUUCUGAGGCUCAAUAGUUUAACAUAAUCUGAUUAUAAUAAAUCAGUCAGUGUUUUUAAGAUGAACUCAAAAGGAACCGUGACUCUAUUUUUUCCAGAUUUUACAUUCUAAAAAUGAACUUGUGAAUCUCUAAAUGACGUGACGUGUUAGCUCUGGGAGCUAGCUACCGUUUGCUGAAACUAAGGUGUUAGCUCCAGGGGCUAGCUACUGUUAGCAUUACCGUUAGCUCCGGGGGCUAGCUACUGUUAGCAUUACCUGAAGUGUUAGCUCCAGGGGGCUAGCUAUUAGCAAAAGAUAAGGCAGUAUGCUGCAUUCAACUGGAACUCAUGAGCUCAUUUUUACAACUUAAAUCAUGAACUUGGGGCUUAAAGAAAAUUUCCAUUUACGAGUUAGUUUCUACCACAAGAGGACGUACUGAUAGUUUAACCAAAUCUGACUACUAUAUAUCAAUCAUUUUUAAAAAUGGACUUGUAAGGAUCCCCAUCUUCUUUUUAGAUUUUACACUUUAAACUAAACUUGUGACCUCAAACAACAUUAUAGUAUUUCAGUUCUGACAUUUCAACGUAAGAAAAACAAACAACACUGGUGUGUCGGUGAUGUAACAUUGUCUCGUUGGAGUCGAUAACAAAGUGACUGUAUGUUAAACUUGCAGAGUUAAAAUAAUGUGACAAACAUAUUUAUAACUCUUUAAUGAAAUACACUUGAACUUGUUGAAGCUCGUAGUUUCCGUCUCUCCCGUGUGACAUUGAAUGCUGCGUCGCUGAGCGCCACAAACCAAAGAAAGCUGCUCUGCGGCGCCUCCUGCAGGAGCUGACAGACACACUGCUGUACAGACAAACAGAGGGUGGAGCUGUGUCCUCUGUCGAAGAGGAAGGUGUGAGGAGGAAGAGGAGGAGGAGGUGUUGAGAGACUCGCAUGUUGAAUCUUUUUAAAGCGUUGUGUGUAUAUUUGAAGUGUAUCCUGACUUACUCGUGUUGAUGUUUUUAUGAAGAUGAAUCUAUUUUUUAAAAAAGGCUGCGACAUCAUGUGUGUCGCCUUCACUGUCUCUGGCAAUCGUGGGAAAUGUAGUAAGUGAUGCCUCAUGGGAGAUGUAGGAAUGCUGACUCAUUCAGCAGACAUGGGAGAUUGUAGGAAUCAUGAUGGAUUAUGGUACAUGUAGGGUUGUGUGAGCAAGGAACUCUGGGAUAUGUAGUAUGAGACAGCUGGUGGGUGAGUGAAGGAGGAAGAGAGACAAUAAGCUUUGUGUUUGAAGUAGGAAGAGACACUGCGACAUGUUCUGUGUGAUUUAAAGGACCUGACAAGAACACGUUUUUACAAUGUCCAAGAAGGGACGAGGAAUAAUGCUGCCUUCAUUAGACGUCAGGAAGCUGGAAAUUGUUGCAUUUAAUGUCACUUUAAAGGCAAUUUUUUUCAACAUAAAGACAGUUGUAGAUGUUUGUUUUUUCAUUGUUGAUUAAUUCAUUAAGUCUCAAAAUGUCUGAAAACAGAAAAAAAAUCAUCAGUUCCUUAAGUGUUUUGAUUAAAAGAAGAAAAGUUUUCAGUUGAAAAUGAAACGACACUGAAAAGCAGCAUUUUUUCAGUUGAUAAAUGACUGAAGCGAUAAAUUAUCAAAAUAGUUGCUAAUUGUUAUUUCUUCAUUUUAGAUCUGAAAUAUCAGCAUCUGUUGUUCUGCUGUGUUCACUGCACCUCUAGGCUGACACAAAUUUCCAACUUCCCACGUCUACCUGAACGCAAUCUCUGUGGGUUUCAUCUGCCCUGAAUGAUGAUGAUAUGUUUACUGUCAACUGGGAGUUAGCGGCACUGCCUAAACCCCACCCACACAGAGCAAAGCAUUGUGGGAGAUGACGAGUGGAGCGUCUUUGUGCUCCGUGACUUUGGGACCUUUUUCACAAAAGGUCAGAACCAACCAGUGGAGCGCUCCCUCCCAGUCAGGGAGGAAGUCGCUGCGACUAUGAUGAUGACAAAUACUGAAUUAAUUGUGAUUGGUCCGAGAAGCAUGACAUCAGCAGAAUUUAGUUUCUGCUUUGCUCUGCUGUCUCUGGAAUCGACCAAUCACGGGACAAUCUUGAUAACCUGCUGCCACCGCCGGGCUUGAUGGGAAACAAUGUUUCCUUUUUUAUGUUUUUUUUUUUUUUAAAUUUUAUUUUAUUGAUUUUUAUUUUUUUUUUCUAUUUCCAGCUUGGGCUUCUGAUUGGCUGUUUUAUUUUUUCUUUGUGUAUUCAUUUGCUUCUUGUAUUUUAACCCCGCCAACAUGUUCGACCUUUGCUUUGUGAUGUCAUCACGUCAUCAUCACUAUUAUUAAUAUAAUUAUUAUAAAGUAUAAAGUGUCAUUAAUAUUGGGUUCUUUUGGAUGCUGCUAAAGGGAGCUUCUUCGCCCUCAUGCAACCGCCUGGGUGUGUUCAUGUGUGUGUGUUCAUGUGUGUGUCAGUGUGUUGGACGUCUGCGUGUGUGUGUGUGUAUGUGUGUUUCCGGGUUAAUUUAGAAUCAUAAUCUAAAGUUUGUUUUACGUUAUAAAUUUGAUUUUAUUGUUUUUCUUCUAAUUGUCUGUUUAGUUUUGUUAUUUUGGAGGAGGAGGGGCCUUGAGGGUGCCGUUGCCAUGGCAACUGGUCUCUGCAAAAUUCUGGAACGUUCUAGAUUCGACAUUCUAGGACACCCCCACCCGUUACUGACUGGCCCCGCCCAUUCCCUGCACCCCUGCUCCAGUCACAACCUCAGAAUCGGUGACAUCACAGCGCGAUGUCACUUCAGGACUCUGGAAAACAGAUGUGGACAUGAUGACGUCAUAGUCUAGCCCUCCUCUUAUUGGCUCAGAGCCCCUUCAGUUGUUUUCCUGUCUGUUGUUGGGUUGUUGUGUCUGUUGUUGUUGUUUGUGUUGUAUCAGGAACCAAUCUCAGGCUCUACCUGCAGACAACAUGAUGGCAAUAAACUGUCAGUAAGAAUGAAAAACUGAA